GGCCUCCGCGCCUCAGUCCGACCACGACCGCGGGCGGGGCGGCACGCGCGGUGCGCGCCUCGCGACUAUCAUUGUUUUCAUCUAAAACCAUUGUUUAAUUCCAUCCGACUGCAAUCGAUACCACGACUGACGAAAUUCACGGCCUACACGUCCAAUUUGUGACAGUUGCACAGUGCUAAAACAAAUCUUGUGACAAUAAAGUGUUAUCUACACCUACAUUGGUACUCGCGAGAAGGUGGCUUAUUGACAAGUGAAACUCUUUAUAGUUCCAUUCAUCCGCAGGACUGUUCUGUUUGAAUUUGUUUUAUGGAACUGUAAACGUGUUAGUGAUCUUUGUUGGAAAGGAAAGCAUGCAAAUCGAUAAUCGAGUGGAUGCCCACCGAGAAGUCGAGAGCUCUUGCUGUUCGGUAUACUGGGUUGCAUAUUGAUUGGGUGUACACCGGGAUCACUGGAUUGUCACCAAUUGCGAUUACACGCGGUACGACGGUGAAGAGGCGGUAUACUAUACUGAUACUGAGGAGCGAGGAGCCCACUCGGUGCAAAGAAGACUACAUCGAGUUUAUUCGAGUAAGGGCCAAAUGCUCGUGAUGGUGCGGUCCGACGACAGUGUCAGAUAGCCGCCUCGCACGCAGCAUGGGAGCGAAUAUGGGCAAGAACUCCAGCCUGCUGGACGCGCUGCCCACGGCCCAGGGCACGCUGCACGUCGUCAUGCUGGGGCUCGACUCCGCAGGCAAGACCACCGCGCUCUACCGCCUCAAGUUCGACCAGUACCUCAACACCGUCCCCACGAUAGGCUUCAACUGCGAGAAAGUUAAAGGCACCAUCGGGAAAUCUAAGGGCGUCAACUUCCUAGUUUGGGACGUCGGCGGCCAGGAGAAACUCAGGCCGCUCUGGAAGUCCUACACGAGAUGCACGGACGGCAUCAUUUUCGUCCUGGACUCGGUCGACGUCGAAAGGAUGGAAGAGGCCAAAAUGGAACUGAUUCGCACGGCCAAGUCGCCGGACAACACCGGCGUGCCGAUACUUGUGCUGGCGAAUAAGCAAGACUUACCGGGGGCGAAGGAGCCUCGGGAGCUGGAGAAGCUGCUGGGCUUACACGAGCUGGUGUCGUCCCCGCACGGCUCGCGCGACGCGCACGCGUGGCACGUGCAGCCCGCCUGCGCCAUCACCGGCGACGGCCUCCACGAAGGCCUGGAAGCGCUUUACGAGAUGAUACUCAAGAGGAGAAAAUUAGCUAAGUUGCAGAAGAAACGGGUCAGAUAAACUGACUUACGCUUUCGUAUAACGGUCGAAAACUUUGACCAAUUCAUUACGGUUUGCGAGUUAAGUAUUCAAAAUGCUCACGUUGCGGACGUUUUUACGUUCGAGUUUAAAACACCAAAAAUUGUUUUUACUAUAGAUGUAUAACGUCUUAUGAAAAUAUUCCAUCAUAAUGUUGCUCAAGUUAUACUGAACAUUUUGACGGAGAUGAAUAUUUUGAUAAAACUAAUUUAACUACUAGUCAUUUUCUUUUGAAAAUAGCUAGGGGAAGGGUGAAGAUAAUAAGAUAACAUUUGUUCCAUAACCAUGUGUUGUUGCUGAAGUAAUUUUACUGUGUAAUAGCCGGGCUACACGAGGCUAGCUUUCAAACAUUAGCUGACUAGGUAGUAACAUCUGGCUUGGUGCGAACAGAACUAUGAACUUUAUUUUUAUGUUCAUAAGCUUUCAAAAUACCAAACAGGAAUGCUAAACACAAUCCAGAGACCUAAGUAGCUAUUUCAUGUAAUGUCUUUGAAAAUUAGCCUCAAGUUACCUAGCCAUUAGUGACGUAAUUUAAGGAAUGGAUGGAUAAACCUCAGUCUUCAGGAAAGUAGGUUUAUUAAAUGACAAAACCUUGGCUUAAAAUGUUACGUUCAAGAACACAGCUAAGUUUGUCGACCACAAUAUCCUGUGGGACCAUUUAAUGAUUUUGGGAAUCUUCGCGCUAAACAUAAGCACGUUGAAUGCACUUUAUGAACGAUCCCUUUGGCUGGCUAAACGUGCGGACUGCGAGUUAUAAUGACUAUGUGUACGUACCUAAUAAGUAGAUUAGAUAUAGGUAACACUGGUCCCUACUUCCUGCUCUUGAUACCCUUAUCUUCAUCCUGCUAUACUAAACCCUUCUAAACGUCCAUACCAAAUGUUUCUUGAGUAACAACUUACGACAAUUUAGUCUGUAGAUUAUUUAAAUUAUUGUGAUGUUCUAUGUAUAACUUUUUAAAGAGGCUUUUAAUGUUUGUGUUUGGACGGCUUCUUCGUAUGUAAAUAAUAAGUGUAAAUAUUCCCUAGAAACAGUUACUUAGUCCACGAUGUGUUUUAAUGUACUUAUAGGUACCUAAAACUUUUCACUGCGCAUUUGAUUUAAUGAAACUAAAUGGGCAUUUAAUUUACUAAUUUCUGAUUUAUAUUUCAAUUACACUGAGCUAUCUGGAAUCUUGAUCCCUGAUUUGUCGUAAAAUGCAUUCGAUGUAACUAUUCGUAUCAAUAUUGGAGUCUACUUUUUAAACAGGAUUUCCACAAGAAACAAAAGUGAUUUGAUUUUUAUGCUUUAUAACUACCAGUACAUCGUCAAUGCGUUUUAUACUGACAGGACAUUAAUUUAUCAGGAUGACUUAAUACCAGUAUCAUUUUAACUAUUUAUUUAUUUACUCCUACAGGUAUAACAUAGUUAAUUGUAAGCCGUUGUAAUUGUAACGAUAAAAUUAUAAAGCUUUUACCAGAGUUUGUAUUACUCACUUUGUAAAUAUGUAAAUUCCAAGUAGUUAC